AAACUAUCUUUCAACUCAGACUAUUCCCCGCUGAUGAGAUUUGAGUUUCUUUGUGGGCAGGUGUGUGCUCAGGACCCCCCACCGUUCAUUCAUAGGUUAUGUUUUGAAUGUCAUUGUCAUACCUUGUUGUACGACGCAAUGUAUUUUAUACUGGACGUCGUCAGAAUUCUCUGCCCUUUUGGAGUAGCUCUUCUAAAACCCAGAGAUGGAUAUUAGAUGCUCUGGCCCAGUGCAAGUGUCACCAGCUCUUAUGCAAUCUUUAGACUCAUUUUCUGCUUCUGAUAUUAAUUCUGAACCAAGAAGCAUGGCAAGUUUACAAGAUAUCACUGUUACUUCUGAAAAGUUCACUUCCCUUAGACUUCAUUCAGUUUCUGAAAGUAAAAGUGUUUUGCUGUUAGAUGGGAAUGAGUACCUUCAGGUGUCCUCUGCUGAGAAGUUUGCAAGUUGUCUUGGUUGCCCGAAUCCUUCAGCAAAAGUCAAGGUGGUGUCUAUUGUUGGAAAUUCUGGAGAUGGAAAGUCUUACACCAUGAACAAAGUGUUUUUCCAAGGGGAAGAGGUAUUUCAAACAUCCAGUGAGCAAACAAGUUGCACGAUGGGGGUCUGGGCUGCAUUUGAUCCUUGUCUGAAUGUGAUUGCUUUGGAUACAGAGGGUUUGCUUGGUACUACAACACGUGAAGGACAGCGUACCAGGCUGCUUUUGAAAAUUUUGGCUGUUUCUGAUGUUGUCAUUUACCGCACAAGAGCAGAACGUUUGCAUGCAGACAUGUUUAAAUUUCUAGGCUCUGCAUCUCAGGCAUUUACGAAUCACUUUCGAGCUGCCCUUGGAAAUGUGAACUUUGGUCCAGCUGUUGUUAUAUUUCAUGAGACUUGUGACACAAAACCUCUGAAAGGCUCAUCAAACGAAUCAGUUGAGGAUAUUUUAAGAAGGUUUUAUUUCAACCAAUUGAAAACUGAUGCAUUCAGCUCCCUUAGAUAUAUUGGUACUCAAACCAAAGGAAAAACUACAGAUUUUUCAGAACUUCGCAGGUUGUUACAAGAUGAACUGAAUAACACUAGUGUGAGAUCUGCAAGACAGACAGACAUUGUAUUUAGAGCCUUAAAGGUACUAAACGACAAAUUCAGUGGGGAAGUAACUGACCCAUCACCUGUGUACUUGUCAGAUGAAUAUUUUACAUGUUCAUCAAAAUGCCUUUCAUGUGGACGGCGAUGUGAGGCAAGUAUGGGGCACCAAAAAGAUGAACAACCUCAUAUGUGUCAAGAGAGAUGUUGUUUUCAAGCUCAGUACAACAACAUUUUAUACACAUGCAAAGCCUGCCACACUAAAGGGCAUCAAGUUGUUGUCACACCAAGUGAGCCUUCUUGGUUAGAUAUUGCCAAACAUGCCUGGUCAGGGUACACCAUCAAUUGCCCAUUCUGUGGAGAAAUAUAUCGAAGUCGCCAAUAUUGGUAUGGGAACAAAAGUCCUGAAGAUUCAGUUGUGCGCACUGAAAUAACUCACGUCUGGCCUGGUAGCAACACUCAAAAUAUCAACUCACAAAACACUGCUCAAAAAGUUUUGGAUGGCAUUAAUUUUCUAUCAGAAGCUGUAGCAAGCGUUGGAUCACAACCAUCUCGUUACCUUUCAUCCCAAAUGGCUGAUUUGAUUGCUCCUAAAUAUUGGAGGCCAAAUCAUGAAAUUCAUAACUGUUUCCUCUGCAAAAAAACCUUUGCUCCUGCUGAAGCUAAGCAUCAUUGCCGUUCAUGUGGUGAAGGAUUUUGUGAUGAAUGUUCUUCAUUUAGCCGUUCUGUACCAGAGAGAGGAUGGAUUGACAAAGUCAGAGUUUGCAAAUCAUGUUAUGACAUCAAGAAAGAAACUAGAGUACCUUACAACCCUGUAGAUGAGGUGGAAGUAAGAGCCAGAAAAUAUGGGGAGGUAGUUGUCAAUACUUUCAGUUCAGUCGCUUCUGUUCUCCAAUACCCUAAAGAUCUUAUAAAGGAUUCCGCUCGACCCACAUAUUGGGUGCCAGAUCAUGAAGCUAAAACAUGUGCUGUUUGUAAAGAGCCAUUUGGCCCGCUCUUACUACUUCAUCAUUGUAGGGAUUGUGGCCAGGCUGUGUGUCAUCCAUGCUCACCCAGUCAAAGGAGGGUUCCAAGUAGAGGAUGGGACACCCCUGUUCGAGUAUGUAACACUUGCAUGAAAGAAGACUGACUCGAUCAACAGCUUGUCCCAUUCAACCCAGUGGCAAUGCCAAACUACUUAUUCUUUAACAAAAUGAUACAGAAUAUUCAAACCUUAUUAAUGUAACAAAGUUUUGCUCUUAUUUCUCAUUCAUAAGCUGUCUUGUUUAGGACACAAAACUUUGAGCAUUCAAAUAGUUCUUAGCCAAAGCAGUUGAUGAUGGUUUUGGUGGUUAGGGUGCUCAUGAAGAGUGUUAACAUUAUUGUAAUGAAUUAUUUUCUUCUUUCACUAGAAAAAGUAAUAUUGAUGGUUAUUCCCUAGGUUUGGGCUAGGAUUAAAAUAAUCCGUACUUUUAGGCAUACUGAUGUAUGUACUCCCAUUUUAGAUCUUUGAUGAGACAAUUAAGGAUUAGUUUAGUUUUAUGGUUUUCAGAGACGGAUUUAAUGCUGGCUGAAUGGGCAUUGCUCAACCCAUUUAAUGUCUGGAAAAUCAGUUGUAAGUAGGUAUUGUAUGGCUGUGAUUUGUCAAGAUGUCAUUUGACAAGGAUGUUGGAUUUGAAUACCAAGCAGGUGGUAUGUAAUUUUUCAGUAAUUUAUUCGCCACCUUGAAAUGGUUAUGAUUACUGAGCUAGAAUUGAAUUUGAUAGAAUUGAACUAACAAACACUGGUGUUACGUUUGUGGAAGAAGGAUUAAUGUUUUAACCUAAUCCUUAGCGGAAAUAAGAAUUCCGGUUAGAGAUUUUCUCCUUAUCUGUUAUAUAUUCUUUUAGAAGGGUAGGAAAACAGCAAUGAGCUGAACAGAAACUGAUUUUCAUUUUUUAAACUCAAGAUUCUUUUCAGUUUGGUGCAAAUCAAGGCUGCUUACCAGUGGGUAGAUACUGCUAAGGGUAAUUAUUAGGUAUUUAUGUGUUUCACUUGUGAUUUGUUUGUGGUAUGUUUUAUUUUCUUGUUUGUCAAACUGGAUGAGAAAAGGCUAAAGAGGAAGUAAGAGCAAGUUCUAAGCAUUGUGAUCUUUGUGCAACUGGCUUCAUAAACUGAUGGUUCAGGUUUGGCUGUGGUCUUUAUUGACUGUGUCUGAUACCUAUGAGUUCUUCGAAUCAAAGUUUCAUAUGUUGUACAGUAUGGUACUCACUCAAGUCAGAAACCAAAGGAUACUUUAUUUGUGUAUAUGUAUUCGGCUUAAAAAAGAUCCUUCAACAAUGCAGGUCAUUAUUUGCUCUUGUGAUAGACUGUGAUUUUAAAAAGUAUUGUUUGCUAUUAUACCAACUUAUUGUUAUAGACUUCUUGUUAUUGCAGCAUCUUCAAAAUGUAUUUUGGGAAGAUGUUAUUUUCCAUCAUUUUCUCAAUCUUCCAAAAGUGCUUCAAAAAUAUGCUUGCUGUAUUACUUAAAAUUCUGGAAGUGCAACAUAAAGAUUAUGUGUAAAUUUAUGGUGUGUGUGUUCUGUUUUAUUCGUAGGAUAUCAUCUUGUUUGUUUUUUAAGUAUUUUUAUCUUUCUUAUCAAACUUACUGGACUUGUAGACAUUUUGGGUAGCUCCAAAUAAACUACUAAAGAUUGGUAUGUAAGUCACAUAUCAAUUUUGUUUUUAAAAAGAAUUGUGUGAAAGGUAUAUUAUUGUCUUUGUUAAAGCAAUAAUUUUGUGUUUAGUGGAAGAAUUUUGUUGAUCAUCACAUAUUUGUCUGGUAAAAUGCUUUAAGAGAACAAAAAUUGAUUAAUUCAGAUUAUAAAUUUAUAAACUUAUACCUGGGCAUGUUCCCAUUUAUUGUUUCUCAGAUUCAGCACUGAUUAAACAGAACCUAAAAACACAUAUAUUUGAAAUUAACAUUAGUGCAAUUUAAAUGGGCUGUAAUGGCUAAAAUGUGAACCUUAAUAGUGUUCUGUAAUUAGUUAUAUAUUGAUAUUCUCACUUCAAGAACAGACGACACUAAGAUAUUCCGGAACCUAAAUCAUUGUAGCUUUGUACAUUGAAUGACGUACUCUAUUUUGUUAAUUUUUGAUUAAUAAUACUAGAAUUAAAGAGUGACAAAAUUUUAACCACCUCAGAAUUGCUUUUAUUUUGAGUUAUCAAAGAAGGGUUGUUCUCCACUGUGAAAGUAAUAAACAAACGUUUGAUUCGUA